UCGUCUCUCCCCAGACUUUGUCUUGCUUUGGUGUUGCUGUCCAACGACCAGCCAUGAUGCUCCAAGCUGCUGUGGUCAGCGUCCUCCUCUGCUCUGUCCACAGUUUUGUUAUACCGGCUUCUUUUGACAACACAGAUGAGUCCUCUGGAAACAGCAUUGACGACGAUGAGUUCAGUGUCUCCACAAUUAUAGAGAAGGCAAAUCGUAACAUUGGAAAGAACGUGAAUGAUCCUCUCGUGAUGUUUGGGGACAUAGCGGUGCCCACAGGUCUACAGAACGCGGAUCCCUGCACAUCACGAGGCUGCUUGUGGCCUAAAGCCACAGACGGCAACGUCUACGUUCCGUUCCGCAUCAGCCCAGACUACUCUCGAAGAGAGCGAAACAUCAUCACCCAGGCCUUGCGGUCAUUCGCCAAUCCCACCUGCAUCCGAUUCACCCCCCAGGACCAACAGCGAGACUUUGUGGACAUCAAAUCCCUAACAGGAUGUUUCUCUUUUGUCGGGCGUCGUGGAAGAAACCAGACUGUGUCUUUAAUGCGCCGUGGCUGUGUUUUCACUGGCACUAUCCAACACGAGAUGCUCCACGCCCUGGGCUUUGACCAUGAACAAACUCGAUCUGACAGGGACGAGCAUGUUCGCAUCCUGUUAGAGAACGUUGAGCCUGGAACGGAGGGAAAUUUCCGUAGAAUCCGAACCAACAACCUCAACACUCCCUAUGACUACAACUCCGUCAUGCACUAUUCAAGGUUCGCCUUCUCUCGUAACGGGCGGCCAACCAUCAUUCCUAUUCCCGACGAAAAUGCAGUCAUUGGCAGAGCCUCCGUGAUGAGUCCCAUUGACAUCCAGCGAGUGAACAUCCUUUACCGCUGCAAUGACACUGCUCUGACAACUGGACCAGUACCAGUACAAAAAGAUUUUCUCCUAUAAAAUCAAAGGUAAUCAAGAGGAAAUGGCAGAUUGAUUCGACUUAUUAUCAACAAGCAGAACCAGAAAUGCAUAUUUUUCUGACUGAGCAUGCUUUCUUAAAAUUUUGUGCUGUCUUCAUUGGAAACAAAAAUUGUCAAGUGACACGAUUUCAAUUGCAAUCUUUGUGCCUGAUUUACAAAAGGAUUGCACGCCUUUUGCGCUCGCUAAGCCUGUGCAAAUGACUCCAAAAGAUUAUGUUAUUUUUCAAAUCUAAUUCACAAAACACAUGCAAAGGGUUAAAUGCACCCCUUAUUGUGCUGCAGAGCGUGGCGGUGAUGGUUGCGUGUUUUCAAAUGAGCCAUUAUUCAUUUGGAGGAAGUUCCUCUUCCAUUUUGUGCAAAUGAGUCUAAUUGCAAAAAAUCAUGUAAUUCCCAAACACUGGCGCUAACAGCCAAAUGUGGUUACAGUCAGCGACUCAACAAUUAGACCUUGAAACGUAGCAGAUAGCCUGGCCCAAUAAUGCACAAUUUAUUGUGAGCUAUAAGCGACCGCAAUCCAUUCUUAGUGAAUCAGAGCCUCUAUUAAACAAUAGCUGCUUGUAGCUUGAUGUAAUACCUAUAAUGAAUAAAAAUAUAUCUGCAAAGCAUUA